AUGGAGCAGCCGGAUGGUACUAGCUUGGACUGGCAGGGCGGGCAAGGGCUGCUGGCGGGGGGAGAGGGCGAUGGCAUGGGGGAGAAGGCGGAGGGAAAGAAGGCGGAGGGGGAGAAGGCGGAGGGGGGGAAGAAGAAAGAGGAGGAGAGAGAGGAGGAGAAAGAGGAGGAGAAAGAGGAGGAAAAAGAGGAGGAAAAAAGGGACAACAGGGCGGUGCAGGAGAAGUUCUUCCCCCAGCUGCUAGCAGCAGCGCCCAUAGGCGCGGGGCAGCUGCUGCUGCGCCUGCCCCUGCCCUUGCUGCUCAACGCCUCGCGCUGCUCCGCUCCCUCCCCCCGCCUCCCCCUUCCCCCGCGCCUCCCCCUUCCCCCGCGCCUCCCCUUCUCCCCCGAAGGCGCCCUUGCUGCCUGCCUGCUGCUGCUGCAGCAGCAGGGGGAGGGGGGUGAGCCGGGGGAAAGGGAGGGGGAAGGUGAGGGCGCGGGGGAGAGCUGGGGAGCGCAAGUGGCUCCUGCUGUGCUGCUGGCGCUGCUGGCGUCCCGCACGGCCCACCUGCUGCCCAUGCUCAGAAACGACCUCCCCCACCUGCCCCUCCUCCACCAGGCCGUGAAAGAGAGGCAGCAGUACGAGCAGGAGUAUGCCAACUGGACCGCCAGCAUUACCGCCGGCAGCGGCAGCAGCAGCAACAGCAGCCCCCCCUCGAUGCCGUCGCUGCAGCAGUUUCUGGCGACGGUGGCGGCCGUGAGGGCUCUGGCUCUGCCCAUGCGCCUGCCGCCCCUGCAGGAGGGGCAGGGGGAGCAACAGGAGCAAGGGGGGGGCAGGGGGAGGUAUGGCGGGAAGAAGGGCGGAAGGAGGGGAGAGAAGGGGUGGAGGAAGCAGAAGCAGCGGCGGUUUGAGCUGACGGUGGUGCCUCUCAUGAAUGCUGUUGCGCGGGCCACUGAGAGGCACCAAGGGAACGUGUGGUGGGAGGUGAGAGGCCGGGAACGUGUGGUGGGAGGUGAGAGGCUGGCAAGGUGUGGGAGUUCAGCCUACUUUUCCCCUACGUCCCUUUCUCUCAUCCCUCCCCCCCCCCUCUGGCAGCUGACCCACGCGGGAUUCCACCUGAGGGCGUCAGAAGUCAUUCCCACCGGGGCUGCUCUCGUGCUGCCUCUCAACGGCGGCCUGCCCGACCCGCUACAGCCCGACCCGCUACAGCGCGACUCGCUACAAGUAGCAGCGCAUGCAGGGGCGCAGGGGACAGCAGCAGAUUUGGAGAGCGAGGAGGAUGAGGAAGGGGAAGGGCGGGCGCGCUUGUCUUCUCUGGGGGAGGUGGAGGAGGCGGACAGGUCUGUGUCGCCGGCCACGUUGAUAUCCAACGACGACGCCUUCCUCUCCCUCGGGAUCAUCCCGGCCUGCUCCUCCUUCGACCGCGUGCAGGUCCGUUCUCAAGCGGCGCAGGUCGGUAUUGAGCGGUGCAAGUGGGUUUUGAGCGGUGCAGGCGCCCCUCCUCCCCUCUACCCUCCUCCCCCCCUUUCCCCUCCUCCCCCCUCCGCCCCUUCCCUUCCUCCCCUGCAGCUCUUCCCCUCCCUCCUCAGCGUCAUUCGCAGCAUCUCAACACCCGCCUUCCCUGAACCUUCCUUCCGUGCGCGCUUUGAAGCGCGGGCGGCAGCAGCAGGCAGGAAGGCAGUGGAGCAAGUGCGGGCAGUGAAAGAGCAUCUCUUCUCUGCCGCCCUGAAAAAGGGCCUUAUCACCACCACCCGCACAAGUGCCGACACCCGUUGGGGUUGGGGCCUUCCCAACAGGUUGCAGCAAAAGGAAAAAGUCUCCCAAGGGCAGUCUCAGAGGGGCAUGGGGAAGGGUGUGGCAGAGGGUGGUGUGGCAGAGGGUGGUGGGGAAGGGACUGGGGAGCACAAAGCAGAGGCUUCUGAAGCUUGGGAGUACAGCAGGGAAGAGAGCUUUGGGGAUGGGGAGUGGGAUCUGGAAGGGAUGGGGCGCGUGCUGCAGCAGAUGCUGUUCUGGGAGCGACGGCGGGGCAUGCGAGCGAGGCUGGCUGAAAGACUGGCAAGGCGAGUGAGAGAGACAGCGGCGAGAGAAAGGAGGGAGGGCGGAGAGGGGGGGGAGGGAGGCGAGGGGGGCGAGGGGGGAGAAGGGGGAGAGGCAGGAGAGGCGGGAGAGAGGAGUGAAAGAGGUGGUGGGAGAGGCAGCGGGGGAAAGGAUGAGGGAGGGGUGAAGGAGGGGGAGGAGGGGAAGGAGGGCGAGGAGGGAGAGGGAGAGGGGGAGGGGGAGGGAGAGGGGGAGGGGUUGUAUGUGUACGCGGAUGGGAGGAUGGACCCUGAGCUCGUUGCUCAGUACACUGCUGCUGUGCUGCUUGCUGUUACUGGGGAAGGUACUGCUGGGGAAGGUACCGCUGGCGAAGGUAGCACUGGGGAAGGUACUACUGGGGAAGGUUAUACUGGGAAAGUUACUGUGGGGAAGGUAGCACUGGGGAAGGUAGCAGUGGUGAAGGUAGCUACCGAUUACAGAUGGCCUCAAGAAGAUGCUAGCUCGUGCCUCAUGCUUUGCUGCGUUGCUGGCGCAGAACUCGAUGCAGCGCUGCUGGCGCGGGUGAGUGUGGCACUGGCGUGGAAUCUGGACGGCACCACCACCUGCACGCACAUGCAUCUGCUCUCCCUCCCCUCGCACCCGCUCUUCCUCCCCCUCUCCUACUCCCCCUCCUCUUUCCUAACAAGCCUUCCUGAGAUUCUAGACGUGGUUGUCAGCAGCUUGCAGCGGCCAGUGGAGGAGCUUUUAACGAGGAUAGAGCAGGCGUUGGGAGGGGCAAAGGCAUGGGUGGAGAAGGGGAUGGUGUGCCGGGAAGGAAGAGCAGCGGGGAUCGUCUCGGCUCAAGUGGACGAGGCGUUGGGAGGGGCGAAAGCAUGGGUGGAAAAGGGGAUGGUCUGCCGGGAAGGCAGAGCAGCGGGGAUCGACUCGGUUCAAGUUCAUGAGGCUUGCCGUCCAUCCGUCCUUGCCCACGUGGCGCCCUCCCAUUCGCUGCUGCGAUUCCUUGCUAGCAAGCGCAGCAUCCUACUGGCUACCUCCGAUCGCCUCGCCUCAGCCUGCAAGCCCCAAUCAGCAACCGCCACGUCAGCAGCAGCCGCAGCAGCAGCAGAACCGUAUGCAACAGCAGGUUCAUCCCAAGGGGUAGAAGAGCAGGAGGAGGGAGAGAGGGAAGAGACAGAGAGGGAAGGAGAGAGGGAGGAGAGAAAGGAGGAAGAGGAGGGAGUGAAGGAGGGUAGCGUGCAAGAAAGAAAAGGGUCUGGUACACAGGCCAGGGUGGGAGAUGGGGCCAGGGCCUGCCAGGGCCAGGCCUUGGUGAUUGGAAAGGACAGACAGAUGGGGUUUGGCAGGGGCGGCAGUGAGCUGACGGGGAGGGCAGGGGUGUGGAGUGAGGUGGCGGGGGAGAGGAUGGGCGAGAUGGGGGAGGAGGAGCGGGUGAGGGUGUUUGUGGAGUGGGUGGGGGCGAAUGGGAUGGCGGACUAUAACAAGCCUGGCUCGGGGAUCGAGGUGCGUUGCGGUUACCGGGGCGAGUGUCUGAUUGACGGAGGGCGCCAGAUGUCAGUGCGGGCAGGGCGGGAUCACGAGGAGGACUCAGUGCUGCUCUCAAUCCCCACCUCCCUCUGGGUCACCACGCCCGCCAUGCUGCAAGCCAUAGGGGGGCCCCCCUACCCCGGGCCUGUGUGGGCCUUCACUGUCGCCGCCGCGUGGCUGCUAAGGGAGAUGCUUAAAACGAGGACGGAGUCCUUCUGGUGGCCGUACCUGCAGCUGCUGCCCCGCCACGUCCCCCUGCCGUACUUCUUUGAAGAAGAGACGUUAGAGGAGCUGCAGGUACGGGUGAGUUACGCUCUGUAUGGUGAGCACCUUCACCCGUACCUGCAGCUGCUGCCGCGCCACGUCCCCCUGCCGUACUUCUUUGAGGAGGAGACGCUGGAGGAGCUUCAGCUGCUGCUGCGCCACGUCCCCCUGCCGUACUUCUUUGAGGAGGAGACGCUGGAGGAGCUCCAGGUCUCGUCAAUCAUCAAAACAGUAAGUGGUGGUGGUGAACACUGUGAUUCACCGACCGGCCACGUCCCCCUCCCCUGCCUGCCGUACUUCUUUGAGGAGGAGACGCUGGAGGAGCUCCAGGUCUCGUCGAUCGUGACAACAGUGCGCCACAAUCUUGCGAGCUACGAGUUUGAGUACCGGCGGUGCGGCCCCACGGUGCUGGGCAACGCGUCCCUGCACGAGUUCAUGUGGGCGCUCUCUGUGGUCCAGUCUCGCGGCUUUCAGGACCCGCGGUGGGGGAAUGUGGUGACGUUUGAACCAGCGGGCCCUGGUGGAGUGGACGGAACAGGGGAAGCAGGGGCGGGAGGGUCGGGCGGAGGGUCGGGAGGAGCAUCGGGCGGAGGUUCGGGUGGAUGGUCGGCCGGAGGUUCGGGAGGAGGGUUGGGAGGAGGGUCGGGCAGGGGUGCGGACGGAGGUUCGGAAGGGCCGGGUGGGCCAUCAGGGGCAGUGGAGGUGCAGGUGAAGAAGGGUGCGGUGCUGCUGGUGCCUCCUGCAGAGUUCUUUGACCACAGGAACGACUUCCAUGCCGCCUAUACGCAGCGAGGGAACAAGCUGGCAGUCCAGCAGGAGGGACAGAGGGGGUUGGAGGGAAGAGCAAGAGGAGAAGAAGAGGAUGAGAUAACAACUGCCCGUGGUGGUGGUGGUGUUGGCGCUGAUGUAUGUGGCGGUGCAGCGAAGACGAAGCUCGCAUGUGAUGCUGCUGCUCGAUUCCCAGCGGAUACUGCUGCUGCCUGCCCUGCUGCUGCUGCUGGCUCUAGUGAAGUGAAGCACACAUGCAGUGCUGCUGAUGCUGCUGCAGCCGCCACUUCCGAAAAUACAGCUGAGGCUACAGCUGAUGCUGCUAGCCCUUCCUGUCGCGCGCAACCCGCACCCUCGUCUGUUCAUUGGCGGGAAGAGAUUAAGCAGAAGCUGCUGCGCGUGUGGGGGAGUGCUGGUGCUGGUGCUGGUGCUGGUGCUGGUGCUGGUGCUGGUGCUGGUGCUGGUGCGUGGCUUAUUGACGGUGGAGAGAGAAGCGGGGAGCAAGAACCUGAGCGCACGACCAUGCCACUGCAUCGGCUGAAGCGGCAGCUGUGGCGGGUGGCAGCGAGGGCAGUGGAGGCCGUGGUGAGGGAGCGGGAGGAGGAGGGAGGGAAGUUCUACAGCGCCGCGGAGAGCGGUGGCCCGCCAUUUGAGUUGAUGCAGCGGGUCAGGAGAGUGAGCGAGGUGGAGGAGAUAAUGGGGGGCGUGGAGGAGAGGACAGAGGCGGACAAGGAGGGCAGGGUGGGCGUGGCGGUGUGGGCGAGAGGGCUCGUGGAGCCCAAUCUCAUCGCUGCCCUUGCUGCUGUGUAUUACUACUUGCACUAUCAACGAGGUGCGAUCUCUGGCCGGACAGGUGAGGCGGGCAGGGAGGUGGGUAUGGGCGUGGCGGUGUGGGUGAGAGGGCUCGUGGAGCCCAAUCUCAUCGCUGCCCUUGCUGCUGUGUUCUACCAUCUGCAGUAUCAACGAGGUGCGUUCUCUGGCCCUUGCUGCGAUGUUCUACUACCUGCAGCAUGGAAAAGGUGGGGCUUUGGCUGUGGUACCACUGCUACUUGCAGCACCAGGCAGGUGAGUAGGAGGACGAGGGCGGUGUGGGCGAGAGGGCUCGUGGAGCCCAAUCUAAUCGCCGCUCUUGCUGCUGUGUUCUACUACUUGCAGCAUGGAAAAGGUGGGGCUUUGGCUGUGGUACCACUGCUGUUUGCAGCACCAGACAGUGGUGAAACCAACCAAAUUCAGCACCAGACAGGUGAGGCAGACAAGGAGGUGGGCGUGGCGGUGUGGGCGAGAGGGCUCGUGGAGCCCAGUCUUGUUGCUGCGCUCGCCGCUGUGUUCUACGACCUGCUGCAUCAACGAGCUCAGCAGUCUACCUGGGAUGGGCCGUCAGCAACAGCACCUGCAAGGCUGUCCUCUCCCCUCCCCCCCAACCCCCACCCACUCCUUUGCCCAUCUUUCUUCCCAUUUCUUACUUAUACACACACAGACCCCCCUGCAGUGCUAACCAGCUCAGCAGUCUACCUGGGAUGGGCCGUCAGCAACAGCACGUGCCAGUUCCUCUCCUCGCCCGCCCCUGACAUGCUGCCCGCCCUGCAAGCAGCAGCCGACACCGUUCGUCUGCUAGCGCAGGCGCGGCUGCAGCAGAUGCCGACCAGCAUAGAAGAGGACGAAGCGAUCCUGAGGGAGCUGGAGCGGUGCAAGAGCGGCGGGAAGGUGGGGGCAGGUGGUGGGGAGGGGGUGAAGGGUGGGAAACUGGGGAAGGAAGGAAAGAAGAAGGCAGCGCAAAGGGAAGCCGAAGCGAUCCUGACGGAGCUGGAACGGUGCGGGAAGAGGGAGGGGAAAGAGGAGGACGGGAGACGGGUGGGAAGGAGGGGAGAGGCAGACGGAGAGGGAGCAAAGGAAGGCGAGGAGGUAGAAGAGAGGGGCGAUGAGGAGGAGAGGAGGAAAAGGGAGGACGAGGAGGUUGAGAUGGGUUGUGAGGAGUGGCGGACAGGAGGUGGUGGAGAUGGGGAGAGAGGGAGAAGCGGGGCAGGAGGGACACUCACAGGAGGGAGGCUGACAGGAGGGGGGUCGAGAAGAGGGAAGUUGAGAGGAGGGAGGUUGAGAGGAGGGAGGAUGGGAGGGGAGAUGAUGACAGCGAUGGGAGUGCGGUGCAGGUGUGCAGUUCUUCUGCCAGUGCUGGAUGAGAAGCUAACAGCGGUGCAGUUCCGGUUGAGCAGGAAGCGAGUGCUGCAUGGCGUGGUGACCCGCCUGGAGGCUGCCUGCCCUCCCACUGACAGCCUGGUUUCAACUUAG